AUCGAAAUCUCAACUCCAGUUGCAGAGCUCUCCUUCACUCGCUCUAAAACCCUAACCCUAGUUCUCUCUCCCCGGAGCUCGGAGCUCGGAGCUCUCAUCCAUGGCGGCGGUCCUCUCCCGUGCUCGCUUCUUACUCAGAACCAGGCUGAAUCCCAGCCUUCCUCUUCGCUCCAUUUCUUCUUCUCCUUUCCUCUCCCAAGAGCCCCAACUCCAGGAGUCGCCGGCGGCAUCGCCACUUCCGCCGAACCCGUCGAUCGGAAGCCCAUUCUACAAUGAGAACUGGAGACACCCGACCCCCUCGCCUGGCGCAGCUGUUGCUCAGUCAAUCGUUCCUUUGGGGAUCGGCGCUCAAUCCUCUGUGCGAAUGAUGGCCUUCUCUCAGACCCUCGAUGCCGCCAGCCUUAUGAACGUCUUCGCCGACUGGAUGGCGUCGCAGCGAUGGUCUGAUCUCAAGCAGCUCUUCGAGUUCUGGAUCCGAUCCCUCGAUGCGACUGGGAAGCUGAACACGCCCGACGUGAAUAUCUUUAACCAUUACUUGAGGGCUAGUCUCAUGAUGGGGGCCUCCGCCGGGGAGUUGUUGGAUCUCGUGGUGCAGAUGCAGGACUACCAAAUUACGCCCAACACUGCGUCAUAUAAUCUAGUGCUUAAGGCCAUGCACCAAACUCGGGAGAGCGAGGCCGCUGAGAAGCUCAUCGAUCGGAUGCUGCAGACAGGCACUGCACCAGAUGAUGAAUCAUAUAAUUUGGUUAUUGGCCUGCUACUUACGAUGAAUCAGAUUGAUUUAGCCCUGAAGUACAUGGAUUUGACACUGAAAUCUGGGUACAUGGUGUCAAUGAAUGUGUUCACAGACUGUGUUCGGUGUUGUGUUACUGCUGGGAGAUUGGAUGUAUUGUCAUCAAUAAUAGAGAAAUGCAAGACAACUGAACAGAACAAAUCCCUGUGCCCACCGUGGAAUUUGUGUAACUACAUCGCCGAUGUUGCAUUGCAAGCAGAUCAUAGCAAAUUGGCGUUCUUUGCCUUGGAAUUUCUUGCUCGGUGGAUUGCUCGUGGUGAAAAUGCAAGACCACCUGUUCUGCUUUCAGUAGAUGAAGGGUUAGUUGUGUCGGCAUUUGGUACUGCUGGCAGAACCUAUAAUUCAACUCUAUUAGAUGCUGCUUGGUCAAUCCUGAGGCGCUCAUUGCGUCAGAAGAGGGCUCCAAACCCAGAAACUUACCUCUCAAAAAUAUAUUCGCAUGCAUCACUGGGACAACUUCAACGUGCUUUUAGUACCCUCAGUGAAUUUGAAAAUGCUUAUGGAAAUUCUGAUGAAAUUGAAGAGGAGCUGUUUUCCCCGUUCACCUCUUUAUACCCACUGGUUGUUGCUUGUUGCAAAAAUGGCUUCUCAACAUUGGACUCGGUGUAUGUUCAACUAGAGAAUUUAAGCAAUGCAGAUCCUCCAUACAAAUCUGUUGCCGCACUCAACUGUGUAAUCCUUGGCUGUGCCAAUAUAUGGGACCUUGAUAGAGCCUAUGAGACUUUUGAGGCCAUCGGCGGGAAGCUUGGAAUGGCACCAGACAUCCAUUCUUAUAAUGCUUUAAUUUGUGCAUUCGGAAAGCUUAAAAAGACAUCCGAAGCCUUAAAGGUGUUUGAGCAUCUAGUAAGCCUGGGCGCGAAGCCGAAUGCCACCACAUUUACAUUGCUGGUUGAUGCGCAUCUUAUCAACCGAGACCAAAAGGCCGCUCUCUCUGUAAUAGAUGACAUGGUCAAGGCGGGUUUGGCUCCUUCCAAAGAGACACUGAAGAAGGUGAGGAGGCGCUGUUCUCGAGAGAUGGACUUUGAUAGUGACGAAAAGGUUCAAUUGCUCGCUCGGCAGUUUAAUUACAGGAUGGGCGGCGAAAUUCGCAGGGAGGUGCUUUACAAUCUGGAAUACAGUACUGAGUACUAGGAUAAGGCUGCUGUGAACCAUCUGCUGAUCACCGGAAAGAGAUUAGUAAAUGUGUAAAUUACUCGUGUAUUCGAUUUUGACGGUUCUUCUGCAUGAAGGUGAUGUAGGAUUUGGACUUUAAGGUUAUUAAUUUUCAAACCUAUGUGGUGCUUUGUAUUUCUUUGGCCUUUGAAGGAUGAAUGGUAGCUUCCUUUUAUUUAAUUCAGAAUAAAUCAACCCUACAUUAA